AUGAGAGUAGGGGCAUCGUCUUGUGCUCCCUGCACUCGCCUGGGCCGCAUCUGCCACCUUGACCCUCGAUUUCAGUUUAAAGCUGUUCACCAUGUCUAUCAGAAAGGUGAUGGCGCCUCCGCUCGAUUUGACUUGAAUUGGGAUGAUGAACAGAUUUGGGUUGAUGUAUCCAGGCCUGUAACAUUCAUCCUCGAGACCGACGACCUGAACUUAGACGAACCUCCCGAAGAAAUCGAUAAUGCGUCUCCGCUAUUCAAUUUGACUAAAAACAAGCCUCCUCCUCUUGCACAAGCGCCCACCCCGGAUAACCUGCCAAUUGUGAGCCCUUCUUCGCAGGUGCCUGCUUUGCAACAUAACCCCGCCAGUGCUAGUCCCUUAUCAUGUAAAUCGGAUCAAGACUCAGCGCUAUCGCAUAGGGAGGCGUCUCUCAUGCGAUCUUUUAUCCAAAAGAUUGCGCCCUGGGCAGAUAUUUGUGACCCCCAAUCCUCGUUUAGCACCGUUGUACCUCAAAGGUCCCUACAGGUCCCCAUGGUAUUGAAGGCGUUGCUUGCUCUCGCCGCCCGACAUGACGCGAUUUUGACUGGCAAUAGUGACUGGGAGGCCUCUUCUUACCAUGGGGAAUGUCUGGAAUUACUGAUCCCGGCGCUGAACGAACCAGAGCAUACAUAUAGCGAGAAUCUCUUGAUAACUGUUGUCAUUUUGCGGAUAUGCGAAGAAUUGGAAAAUAACACAGAUGAAAAGUUUCAUCUGCUAGGAUCAAACCGUUUGAUCAAUUUGAUGUCUCGUUCGGCAUCUUCUGGUGGAUUGGCAGAAGCUGUGAGCUGGCAGUUCUUACGACAAGCCAUAUAUUCCUCCGUCGUGCAGCAUCAGCCACUGCAGUUGAACUUGCGUAACUAUGAGAGCUCAGCUAUGUUCCACCGCAAUGACGAUGCCGCAUUUGCCAACAUGAUAAUUUUUCAUUGCGCGCAAAUUAUUCAGAAUUACCGGGAUGUGCAUUGGGCGUCGGUCGAUGCAGCCUCCUGGCAUGAAUCUGCCAAAUCCAUCGAGAUGUGGCAUCAAUCCAAACCUAGCACCUGGCAACCGCUUCGUUAUCAAGCUCCAGAUGCAGCUUCCGAUCGACCGUUUCCCGAAAUAUGGAUGAUGUCACCCCCAGCAGUUGUCGGUAUGCAAUACUAUCAUGCCGCAUGCAUAUUUCUCUCGGCGUCGGAUCCCCUUUCCAAGCCGACUAGUGACUUUGAGAUGGCGCGUAGUCGGCGUCUAGCUGAGUUGGAUAUUGCCUUCGACAUCCUGCAGAACAACAAGGAUCCUUGCGGUUUUUAA